UACCGUGAUCUGCGCGUGGAGACCAUGGCGUUCCUGAGCAGUAUGUGACGGGGAAAUAUAACUGAGACAGCGGUCUGUUGUCACAAUUUUUCAAGGGCAGGAUUGGAUUUAAAUCAAGCUGAAAAUGGGCUCUCGCAUCAAGGAGAGCCCUGGGUCUGCCUUUGAGGUGUACAUGGAAGUGGGGCAUUCUGGGACGGCUGGCUCUGGACCAGAGGUGCGAAGAAGUUUCCCUGACACAUACACCGACCAGGAAACGCUACAGACUAUCCCAAAGUUUUGUUUCCCCUUCAAUGCGGACAGUAUGACAGUUAGCCAGGUGGGGCAGAACUUCACAUUCGUUCUGACGGAUAUCGAGAGCAAACAACGCUUUGGCUUCUGCAGGCUCUCAUCUGGAGCACACAUUUGCCACUGCAUCCUCAGCUAUCUGCCCUGGUUUGAAGUGUUUUAUAAGCUUCUAAAUAUACUGGCGGACUACACAACCAAAGGACAGGACAGUCAAUGGAGAGAGUUGUUAGAGUCUCUACAUCGGUUAACCAUCCCUGAUCCUGGAGUGCCUGUACAUUUGAGUGUGCAUUUGUUUUUCACAGUGCCUGAUCCGAGAGAGUUACCCAGUAUACCUGAAAAUAGAAAUCUGACCGAGUAUUUCGUAGCAGUGGACGUGAAUAACAUGCUGCAUUUGUACGCUAGCAUGCUGUACGAGAGACGAGUCCUCAUCAGCUGUAGCAAGCUGAGCACUUUAACCGCAUGUGUUCAUGGAGCGGCGGCCAUGUUGUAUCCCAUGUUUUGGCAGCAUGUUUACAUUCCAGUGCUGCCACAGCAUUUAAUAGAUUACUGCUGCGCCCCAAUGCCGUACCUCAUCGGAGUUCAUUCCAGCCUCAUGGAGAAGGUGCGAGGUAUGGCUAUAGAUGAUGCGGUACUUCUCAACGUAGACACAAACACUCUUGAAACGCCGUUUGAUGACCUGCAAAGCCUUCCUAAUGAUGUGAUUUCAUCAUUAAAGAACCGUCUAAGGAAGGUCUCCUCAACGACAGGUGAUGGGGUGGCCAGAGCGUUUCUGAAAGCACAGGCGGCUCUGUUCGGCAGUUAUAGGAAUGCACUGCACAUAGAACCCGAGGAGCCGAUCACCUUCAGCGAGGAAGCGUUCAUCACACACCGGUCAAGCACAAUGAGACAGUUUCUGCAAAACGCUAUUCAGCUACAGUUCUUUAAACAGUUUAUAGACGGGCGUCUGGAGCUGUUGAAUUCUGGUGAAGGGUUCAGUGAUCAGUUUGAGGAGGAGAUCAAUAUGGGAGAAUAUGCAGGAAGUGAUAAGACGUAUUACCAGUGGCUGUUUACAGUGAAGAAGGGCAGCGGGGCUAUAUUAAACACGGUGAAGACGAAGGCAAACCCUGCAAUGAAGACAGUUUACAAAUUUGCCAAAGAUCAUGCCAAGAUGGGCAUCAAAGAAGUCAAGAGUCGACUUAAACAAAAGGAGCUUACAGAGAACGGCUUUUCAGAUGAGCCUGGCUCCACCCACCUACCCUCUACACACAGCAAGGACUCUCUCACCUGGGACCAGAGACGUCCAAUCACGGUUCACUUAGGACAGAACCCUCCCCGUGAGAACCCCGAGCGAGAACCCUCCCCACAACCCCCUCGGCCACAACGCCCCCCUCCCCCUCACCCCUCCAAACUACAGCGCAGCAUACGUCCAGCCAGACCACCUCGACCUCUGGUGCCAAAGAGGCCACGCAGUAACAUUGGAAUUGAGGGAACGCCCGAACAUUACGUGCGUCCAACCCGUCAAUAUACAGUGUUUCUGUGCGAGGACUCUUCGGGUGAUGAGCUGUCUCAGGAUGAUGACUCCAUUGCGCCUUUUCCUGAACACUUCCUGCUAUCUGCACCCUUUGAAUGGCCCCAGCCGUACAGGUCUCUAAAAGAGGCGGAGCUUGUGGAAGAAGGAGAAGAGGUUGGAGAGCGCUUCCAGGGUAACACGGCUCCGUCCAGCCCCGUUCUAGAUAAGUUCUCUGACCUCAGCGUGUUGGAGGAUGCCUUCCGUAGCCAGCAGGGAGAGCCAAAGUGUACAGACGCCACAAAUAACACAAAACCCAGCAUGCACGCCACUCUCAGUUCAGCACGGAGUUUGGAGGAGGUCCGAGCAGACCCACAACAUGCAAACUUCAACUACCAGCGGAUGGAUCUUAGUUCUGAGGAGCGCAUAAGGACUCUCCCCGGUCUUAAAACCACCAAUCCGUACAACAAACUCUGGAGCCAAAAGGGGGAACCCUCUGUGUUGCUUGGCCGGGAGUCUACAGCCUGGGAGAGACCUUUAUCUGUACCACCCCUGGAGACCACUGAGCCACGUCCACCCAGCAGAGAGAGCUGUAAUUCCAACACAGACAAGGCGGACGGGGCACGUAUCACCAUUCCUCGCCCCCAAGGUCGAAAAACACCAGAACCGGGAGCAGUGCUGGCGCCGACUGUGACCCUGCUGCGCGGGGGUAAACAGGCCAGUGAGAAAGACGGAGGCGUGACCGCUGGAGGGCAGGAGUUUCGGCAAGCCUUAAACAUGUCCCCCCACUCGCAAACACAAGUGGAGGCAGACUUGUUGAAGCCAGGCGAGGCAAACGAGGGGCAGGGACUUGACUUGCUCAGCCUGUUGGACCCUCUUUGUGGAGCAACAGAAAGUGAGACCGCCCCUCCAACCUCUAAACCUCCCGUACCUCCUCGACCCCAUCCGCCGAACCUUCCCCCCUUCCCUGCUCCAGCAUCACUCAACCCCUUCACCCAACAGCCCCAAUAUCCUCCUCAAAGGCACUACAGUCCUGUUGUCCCAGGCAACCCUUUUGUCCCAGCCUACACGCCUGGUGCCACUUAUUUCCCCACUCCUCCCCGCCCCUUCUCAGUGUUUGGCCAGCCACCUGCUGUAGGUGUAGCCCCAUCAGGGGGGGCGUGGCCUAUUGGACGUGUCCUUCCAUCCUCUAGUAGUAGUGGCUCCCUCUCAAGUCUUUUAGACUCACCUGCUCCUCCCAUUCUUGCCCAGCCUGCGCAAGUCUCCAGUGACGCACCACAUGACCCAUUCAGUGACCUUCUCACCAUGGCAACCACACCAACUGUAAUGGCCACACCCCCCAAAAAGAAGGUGGAGGACUUGAGGAGGAGGUGGGAGACGUUUGAUUAGCUCUGCCCACUCGUUCCCUUUACUGCUGCUACCAACCAGUGAGGGACUACAAACGGACAACAAAUUUAAAACCAGUGCGUAUUUAAGACUGCGCCCUCUAGUGGCCUGAAAGCACCGUUGAACGUUUCUUCCCAGAGUGUGUUGUGCUUUUUUUGCGCCUAGCUCGCACACUUAGCCUUAUGCGAGCUGAUACUCACAAUGUUCUCCCGUGGCAACGUUAUAAACCAUGUUGCUUCAAGUUUAACACUGAAAAUCCCGUAGUUACCAAGCAGCACUGUAUACUCUGUAGCUAGCGGUGCAAAUUCCGUAGGGAUGAGACUUCAGAUACAAUACUACAGAUGAUGUACACUAAUGACCCACUUCUUAGUAAGCAUAGUGACUAGACUGACUUUGUGGCUGUUAAGGUAACAAACAGUACCGUUUUAAUAAUCUUAUUUUUUCGACCUGUAUUUAAACAGAAUCACACCCCAAGUGAUGGUUAAAUUGGCUCUCAUUACACUUGACUACAGAUAUUUCCUUUCCCUGCUUAAUAGGUGGCAGACUACACUUCGCACACUACGUGCUAUAUGAAAGAGUGCGUUCUAUUUUCUGCAUUCUACACUGCACAUAUACUACAUAGUGCAUUAUACAUAGUGAUAAUGGUAACCGCUGCAUACUACAUACUUUGCACUACCUUACACCAUACAAAAAUACAUACUGCACACUGUAGUACAUUCUCUAUACUAAUUUUUAAAUUAAAUGUUAGAGCGAAAGCGGCCGUGUGAAGCGCAAUACUGCCCCCUAGAGGUCUGGCGUGAGAUGUUUGAAGUCAUAAACUCUGAUUGCUUUUCAUUCAGUUACUCCUAACAGAACAAAAUCAGUACACGACAAUAGAUCAGUGGAUUUGGGGAUUCUUCAAGUAUAUACUUUAUGAAAGCCCUAACUGGAACCCCAGGUUCUGUUAACCUGCUUGCUGGGCCUGAAGUAUUAAAGCGGAGCCUCUGAAACAGGGUUCUGUUGAGUUUCUUGGUAGUUUAGAUACUGACUGUCCACUUGCUUUACGUUAACGUUGGAAAUCCUUUGUUUGUCUCUUUUUAUGCCGAAUGUCACAUGAUAGACUUAUAGCUUUCAUAAAGCGACCAAUCAGCACGCCCCUUUUUUUAAGCACUGCUUCCAUCCAGUGAUUUGCUACUGCCAUGCACACUGCAUUAUGGGUAUUUAUUGUAAUAGAGCUGUUUUUGUGCUUUUUAAACAUGCAUCCUGCUUUACAGUGUGUUACGAUGAACUCUAACAGCUGAUUUUCUCGCCUGUUUCUUUGGUUUAGUUCAACGCUUAAGAGACGCAAAACGUUGUUUCUUGACAUUUUUUUGCUAUACCUUCUGCUUUUUUGACUUGCAAGUAGGAGAACACUGUUUGUGCAUAUCUUGACAUGGAGAAAAAAAAACAUUGAACUGUGUGUACAACCAAACGCUCAGAUCCAAAAGAAACACGAUGUAUUUGUCAAUGUCAGGGAACAUCAGGGAGUGGUGUUUCUUUGGUUUUACUUGUUGUAUUUAAAUAUAUGAAAUAAUGUUAUUUGUGUUAUUAAAGUGUUCUUGAACAUCUGUAUUUACCCUAUAGCGCUGUUAGAAAAAUCACUUGUUUUUUAAUGCGUUUAGGUCACGUUAAACUUUGGCCUUAAGUGUGUGUGUGUGCUGAGAGCUGUUUGUGGUGUGUGUUCCAGUUUAUGGGGAAGUUUGGGUUUAAAUGACAUAUAAUGUAUUCGUUUUAAAAGCGUUUUACUUGGAAUGUUAGGUCUGUACUUUUAGGGAAAUCGCACUGAACGUUCAAGGCAAAAGUGUCCGUGGAAAGUGACAGAAUGUUAUGAAUGUCAGAGUUUAGUGGUACUGCACUGGAUUGCCAAUCUUUCUGGUAUUCAUAGUUUGUUGAAGUUUUACUGCAGUUCUUCCCAAAGCAAUCUAAAGGUUUGAGUUUGACAUGUCCUUAACAAAAUAUACAGUAGACAUUUUUGUUAAACUGGUCAGAAACGCUGUUUGCAUUGUACAUGUUUCUAAGAUCCAGAACUUUAGUAGAGCAGUGUAUUUAUUGCCUUAUACCAGGGGUCUUCAAAGUUUUUCGGGGCAAAGACCCCUUAGAGAUGCAUGGAGCAGGGACCCCCUUAUACUAAAUUUUGUAAACUGAGCUAUUUAAAUAGAAACAACCCUAUUGUCACAGCAAUAUUAUGUUAAGACAUUACAUGAGCACUAUUAUGUUAUUGUUGCACAUAGGCUAAAUACUUUUCUGUGUAUUAUUUUUGUUUUUAAUAUAGAUUGCUGGAUUAUUUUAAGGGAUUUGCAGCCUCAAACAUUUUCAUUUAUUGAUGUUUUUGUCUGCACGCACGCAGGUUAAAAUUACAAAGCGCAGGAGCUUCAAUGAGGCCUUUAAGAGAACAUAGGUUGUAAUAUUUCUGUACCCAUGCUUUACAUUUUUAACAAAACGUUGCCUGAGAGUAAACAGUAAUUAGCGGACCCUUGCAGUUCCGCCGCGGACCCCCGGUUGAAGACCCCUGCCUUAUACAAUCUGAGACUGACCUUGAAUUUUGUCAAAUGCCGAAGACAUCUAUGGGGUCAAAAAGAGGAUGUUUUGGAUGUGACUGCUAGAAUGAGAUUUUCAAUGCCUCUCUAUGAGCUGAAUAUUGCUCUUCUGCGUUUGCAUCAAUGGGGUUGAACCUAGAACUCCGUUCCUCUGCCUUGUAUUCUUCAGAUGUUCUCUGCGUUUUAUCGUUUUAUGUUUUACAUUUUAAAGGAACAUCAAAACCCUGAAAAGAGUGAAAGCAGUUUUUUAAACGAUUUCAGGAACAUGGGCACAUUCGGUAAAACACAAGCAGGCAACACACAACAGGCAAUGCUGUUAUAUUAAUGUUCACCCAAAAGUUAAACUCUUUUAAUGAAGUUUUCUGUGAAUGUACCCUUAGGAGUUUUCCAAUGCAGCACAUACAGUAUUUAUUGUUAUAUAUGAGCUCAAGCUGUGACAUUUUAAGUCACGCAGAAAUUUAAUCUGCAGAUGCAUUGAGUGUCUUAUGUUUAGUGUUAAAAACAGCAUCGGGUUCAAUGUUUUCAAUAACAUCCCACACACGUGAAUGAGUUACUGAAUGUGGCCAUGAAUUUAAAGGCCGAAAAAGUGUCAAACUACAGUUUAAAAAUGCCAUUUAUGGCUAAAAGUGGUUUUAUUUUAGUUCUGCUUGUGUUGAAACUCUCUUGAUAGCAUCGUUUGGGGUUUGUACGUGGAGGUGCAAACAAAGAUGAUGCCCAGCAGUAAACUUUUCAAAACAUGAAUACAUUUCUGCAAUGUAUCGAUUUAUCUUGGAAUGUUUUCUGAUGUGAACGUGUAUCUUGUUUUUUUUUUAAAAUCAUUUUGCACUGCAUUUUAUUUUAUUUGGAUGUUUAUUUGUGUAUGUCAUGAUUAAAGAGCAUAUAGUAUAUUCCCAUCAAAGUGGUAAGUUCGAAAUUUGUUGUUUCUUUUUUUAACGCAUUCUCAUUCCAUUUUUAUGUGUAUAUUUAUUUUUGCACAUGCUUUUAUUCAGAUGGACAUCACAAGCACAUCAUACAAGAGGCAACAAUACUUGCUGUUGGGUUAUGUUGACCUCUGCACAUUAC